UUUUUUGGCUGCAUAAAUAUUAGGAACUCCUACCUCAGAUGUCUUUAUUUAUAAUUUUUUGUGUUAAUCCCCGUUCAAUAAAUUCUUUUUUCUUCUAGAUUACUAUAAACUUUUUAGUCAAUGACGAGUCAAGAAUUUAGUAAUCCUUUAAGAAAGUUUAAGCUUGUCUUCCUUGGUGAACAAAGCGUUGGAAAAACCUCGCUUAUCACUCGAUUUAUGUAUGACACUUUUGACAAUACAUAUCAAGCCACUAUCGGUAUCGAUUUCUUGAGUAAAACAAUGUAUUUAGAAGAUAGAACUGUACGUCUUCAACUUUGGGAUACCGCAGGACAAGAACGAUUCAGAAGUUUGAUUCCAAGUUAUAUCCGAGAUUCUUCAGUCGCAGUGGUAGUGUAUGACAUUACAAGUCGUGUCUCAUUUCAAAAUACCUCGAAAUGGAUCGAAGAUGUACGUGCUGAGCGGGGCACCGAAGUUAUUAUUGUACUUGUAGGAAAUAAAACGGAUUUAAACGAUAGGCGGGAAGUCACAUUAGAGGAAGGUGAAAAAAAGGCAAACGACUGCAACGUCAUGUUUAUCGAAACAAGUGCAAAAGCAGGCCAUAAUGUAAAAGCAUUAUUUAGGCGUAUUGCUCAAGCAUUACCUGGGAUGGAUACAGAAGUAACUGGUGGAAAAGAGCAAAUGCAAAAAGUCGAUCUUAACACAUCUGAUAGUACGGAAUCAAGUGGUUGUGCUUGUUAAUUUUUUUUUUUUUUUUUUUUGGAAAUAAAUCGGAUGUUGGGAAUUUUUAACCACAA